GCCGCCCUGCCCUCGGUUCACUGUUAAACCCGCCUAAGUUAAAACUUCUAUUUGUCAUCUAGGAAAAUAUACAUUCACCGUUAUACUGGUAAUUAUUUUACAAUCGACCACCGUGUGCAAAUGGUCCUUUGUUAUAUCUGUGGAAGACCCGAGAACGUUAAGAGCAGAAAAGAAAACAUCUCAUUUCAUAGAUUUCCCGCCAAUAAGCCUAUUUUCAAAAAGUGGUUGGAAUUUGUAAUUGAACACUCAUUGGAUGCAAGUAAAGUGACAAAAACCGACACUCUUUGUUCAGCACACUUUAAUAAAGAAUACAUUUUUUCCUAUCGUCGACAAAGAUUUUUAUGCAAAGCCGCUGUUCCUACAUUAUCUAUACCACAUUACAGUACCAUAAUUAAAUACACAAGUGAAGAAUCAACAGAUUUAUCUCUAUCUGGCGAUUACAAUACUUCUCAAAACAAUAAAGCGAUAUCUGUUGUACAGCCAAAUUAUAUACAUACUCGUGCCAAACCCCAAAAUACCAUUACCAAUGUGUAUCCGGCUACUCCUCGUAUCGAAACAGUGACACUUCAAAAUUCAGAGUCGGGUGAUAAAGUCAAGUACGAAGAAAUGUCUAACUCUUCUCAACCGAUUACUACUGAAUCUGAAACAGUCAUAAUUAUAAAUUCAGACUCUGAAGAUGAUUCUAGACUCCAAGUGAACAAUAUUUAUUCGCAUCCUCUAGUAACUGAAAGUACUUCCGAAGUGGUAUCUUCACUAAAUACUGGACAUUUUUUCAAUAGCACUUCGUUUCGGACUUCCACAUCGUUCAACACAACCGAUAAUGAUCCCAAGAAAGGAGUACUUGUUUUUUCAGUUAUACCUAUGCCUGGCAAUACAUCUAAUGAAAUAGCUUUCAAAAAAAGUAUUUCGCGUAUGACUACUGAAUUAUUAGAUAAAACAAAACGGUUAAGAAACGCUCAGCAAACCAUUAGAAGGCAACGGAAGAGAAUUAAAUUAUUGCAAUCGAUUAUCGAUACGUUGAAACGUCCAAAUUCAAUUGGCGAAUCAGAUAAUGAAGCAGAAAACUUUUUUACUUAAUUUCAAAAUUAACCUAUAUAUACAUACCCAUAAAAUUAACCUAUGCAUACAUAUAUACAUGUAUUUUUGAUAUAGCAUUUAAAAUAUUUAAAAUUAGUUUGUCAAACCAAUUUACA